AUGUCCGAUAAACCAUCAGAGGAAUCUCUGAGCAAGGUCCUUUUUAAAGACGUGCAAUUCGAGGAGGGCUCCGACAGUGAUGUCGACUUGGCCUUGGGAGCUCCAGGUACUCGAAAGCGUACUGAACAGGCCAGAGAGUUCGAUCAGAUUAUGACUGGAAUUCAAGAGCGAAUGGCGCGGGUCAUGAGUCGCGUGAGUUUGAGCUGUACUAUGAUUAAUCAGCUACACCGGGACCUGAAGGCCAAGCUCCCCGGCAAGUUGGGGGAUGAGGACGAGGCCAAGGAAGCGGGUGGUGACGGUGAAUUCCAGAACACCGAUUUCGAUAAUGCUGCCCUGGAGAAGAUAACUGAAGGUCCUUUACCCCUUCAAAUUACCGAGGAGAUCCUUACAGAAGAGGGGGAAGACAUGCAACUUGAAUGCCAAUUCAAAAAUGCCCAAGAAAACCGGUCUACUUCUGAAACAAUUUACGGAUUGACUAAAUAAAAAUACCUAUCAUAAUA